GGUGUCUGAUUCCAAAACAAACCACUCGAGAGAAAUCUGAACUCUUUUUUGGUGGGUAAGUUCUCUCUCUAAAAUCCCCUGAGAUUCUCUCUCUCUAAACUCCCAUCGAAUCAAAUUCUCUACAUCGAAUCGAAUUCAAUCAAAUCAACGCUCUCAGCCUCUUUCAAUCAAGCACUUGUCGAUUUCACCUAGGAGUUCAUCUGCAACGAGGCGAUGUCGAGUGUGCCUUCAUCGGCAUCGAGCUCCGUCUCCGUCCCGGGUUCGAACCCUACCGCCGUUUCCUCGCAGUUCACGUACUCUAAUGGUUCCUACUUUCCGAUGCCGUUCCACCUCCAACAACAACCACCGCCACAAGCGUACGUCGCUGCUCCUCCUGUGCAAAUCCCCGCGCCUCCUGUCGUUCCUUCUGUCUAUGCGGCAGCUCCGGUCCCCCUGCCCGGUGUUUACUCGCUGCCGCAGUAUCAACAGGCCCAGCAGCUGUUCCAAAGGGAUGCGCAGACAAUCACACCUGAAGCUCUUGAGAGUGUAAAAGCUGCCCUAGCAAGCAGUGAAAUUGAGCACAAGGCAGAAACGAAAAAGAAAGCAAUACCUCGUAAAGCUGCAGGGCAGGCUUGGGAGGAUCCAACUCUUGCAGAAUGGCCAGAAAAUGAUUAUCGUCUAUUUUGUGGCGACCUUGGAAAUGAGGUGAAUGAUGAUGUACUGUCAAAAGCAUUUUCACGAUUUCCUUCAUUUAACAUGGCAAGGGUUGUGAGAGAUAAGCGCACUGGCAAAACUAAGGGCUAUGGAUUUGUUAGUUUUGCCAACCUUACAGACCUUGCAGCAGCACUUAAAGAAAUGAAUGGUAAAUAUGUUGGAAAUCGGCCAAUCAAACUACGUAAGAGCAACUGGAGAGAGAGGACAGAUUUUGAAGCCUUGGAAAGACAAAAGAACCAUACUCAAAAGAAACCAAGGCUUCAUAAGAAGAGCGUGUUGCACAAGUGAGGACCCACCUAAUGAUGGUAGCCAAGGGUAAAGUUAUGAAAUCCUUAAUGUGCAAUGCAUAUGUGAAACGCUUGUCAGAUGAAUGGGUACUCCAGUUCUGCUUUCAUGGGCAUCCACUUAUGAGGUCAUCUUCAAACGUUUAAUAUAAUGUACUGCGAGAUUCAUAUUUUCAGUUGAAUUUGUGUAUUGGUAAAUACUCUGAUUUGCGAGGAAAAUUUUACAUUGAAGUAGUUUGGACUUUGUUGAAAACUGAAUGUUCUUUUAACAUACUAGAGUUUGUUGUAGGCAUGAAUAGACCAGGUAUAUAUUCCUACUUGAUGUAAAAAUUGACUCUGAAUUCAUAAAUGCACACUACCUCUAUUAAGUAUUA